CACUCAAGCAUCACGGGACGUUACCGCCUUUACCGACCAUCAUUUUGCUCGCUGUCUUCGACAUCUUCCUGGAAUUUCAAAGCUUAAGCCACAAUGUCUUUAACAAAACUCAAAGAAAAAAUGACAAAAUUAAAAGAUGAUACGGAAAAAGCGGAGGCGAGAGAGGCUGACGCAAAAUUUCUGUUGAAAGAUAAAAUGGAAAAGAUGGAAAGAGACGUGAACGAGGCAGAAGGAUUAAAGCGAAGGAUCAAGCUGCUAAAGUAUGAUCUUGAGAAGACAAAUGAUCGCUUGGAAGAGGCAGGUGGAAGACUAGGCGAGAUCACCCAGAAAGGUGAAAACGAAGAGAUGGUUCGCAAAGAACUGGAGGAAUUUGAAGAAGAGGGGGACGAGAGAAUUAGCAUGUUGGAAGAAAGCGUCACUGAAGCCGCUAAGCUAAGGGAAGAAAAGGUCCACCUACUCAACGAAGCCGAGCGCAAGUUGGUUGUAAUCCAAAGCGAUCUGCAGGCUGCGAAAGACAAAGAAAAAAAGUCUUUGGAUAAAUGCGAAAAAUUGAAGUGUACGCUGCAAAAUUACACUGAACAAGCAAAGGCACUAGAGGAAUUAGACGAAGAGGCGAGCGAGAAGGAGCUGCUGAGCGAAGAAAAGAUGGAGUUUCUGAAGGAACAACUUAAAGAGGCCAAUGUUAGAGCAGAAUCAGCCGAGAGGGAGGUUACCAAACUUGAGCGGCUAAAGGAGGAAACAUCUUCUGAUAUCAGUGGUUGGGUUGAAAAGACAGAACAACUACAGAAUGAAAUGCAGAAAAUUAUAUUGAUGGAUGAUUCGGACGAUGACGACUAAACCUUUACAUACGUGAGACUGUAUUCAGUUUCAACGAAUUUGUUGGUACUUGAUUAACACCCAGCUAAAUUUGCCUGAGGAGAAUUUUUAUUUAAUCAGUCAUGAAGUCUAUCUAUUCAGUUUUCAUUCUCUGUCUUGAAAUGUCUCCGCAAUUUCACCGAGGCAUUUAUGCAAAUAUAAAAAAGCCAAACGUAAUCCAUUUGGCUUAUUUACUCUUUCGAGGUGUUGAUUUUCCAGCUUCUCAAGGAAACAACCAAAUAUUUUGAUUUUCCGCUCUCCCGCAGUGCAGGUUAAGUCUACUUAUUGUUACAUGAUACUUCAACGUCGAAAUAGUUUGUAUUUCAUCUACAUGUAUUUCUUUCAUGUGCAUUUGUACUCAAUAUUGGCCACUUUGUUUACCUUAGUCGGAAUAAUUAACUACCUGAAAUUAAAAUUUUUUACUUAAAUAAUCAAACUGCUGUUUCUUUUGGCUGCUCCUGGAACUAGGUAAUUGUUUUACCCGGUUUUCUAUGCUUAGGUUUCAUGAUCAUUUGCGGUAAUGCUGUGAGGGUUGCGAUGUUACCAAGAUCACGGACAUGGACAAAUUAUUAUAGCAUUUGAACCUGGCUAUAUCUAGUAUGUCUAUUUUCGUUACUGAACUACAGAAAUGUGUGGAAUCUCUGGCUGAACUAAAAUGGAAAUUAAACCGUUUGCGGAAAUUUUA